GGAAGUGACGCUCACCGCACACUGCAUGAGGAAAUGAACUGCUGUUUUUACCACACUUGAACUGAACUAUAGAAUAGAGGGGCAGACAGCACUCAGUCUGAGAAAAAAGAUGUGCACGCCAACAGAUGCUCUGAAAGACUGGUUUGCUUCGGCAGAGCCCUGCUUUUGAUUAAGGAGCAGCACAGGUUACUCUCAGAUGCCAGGCCUUGCGAACUGACAUUAUCUGCAGCUUGCAAAAUGAGUGAGGUGGCUAUCCUAUACACCGGUGAAGCUGCUGAAUGGGCCAGUUAUCUGCAAAUCAUCUUUCAAACAUCGCGGCAAUUUCCUAAGAACUCUGUUGCCUUGCACCUAGUGGACAGUGAGACCCCUCUGGAGGACCUGGACACCAGAGCUCUCUCGGACGCCAAGUGCAUUUUACUUCUACUAUCCGCUGUCUUCCUGGACAUUCAGAGUGAGCCGGAGGUGUAUGAAACGUUCCAGAAGCUUCUGUGUCCUCCGCACACCGUGGUGGUGUUCCUGUGUGGAGUGACCGAGGAAGAUGUGAGCUCUGAUUACUUUGAACACUGGGACAGUUGGAACAAGCUCAACGCCGAUGACGAGCCAGCCGUGUAUGUCCACACUUUGCUGGAGGCCAUUGCCAAUGCUUCUAAAGAUACUGCACCAGAGCAGGAGACGGAGGACGAGUGGCCCGCUCCCCCACUGCCUGAAGAGGUGCUUCCUCCCCCUGAGAGUUCCGAGAACAUCGUCCCUCUCGCUGACCCCUCACCUAAGGCCACUGUGUGUGAAGAAGGAGGAGAGGAGGAUAUCGUUCUCUCGCCACUUGACAAGAGCCAAGACACCUGUCCCAUCCCCCAGGCCUGUGUCACCGUGCAGCCAGAGAAAAUACAGUGUGGGAAAAAUGUAACUGUUUACGUCAUCCUGCUGAAUAAAUUGGACGAUCAGGAAAAUGUUGAAAUGGAAUUUUCUGGUAAAGACAGCAGCAAACGUGUUCCUGGAAAUUUUGUGAAUGACUAUACCAUCAGUGGCCCGUCACCUGAUAUGCCAUCAGGAGAGGUGACUCUCACCCUGUACAGCCACAAUUUGCCAAUUUGCUCCAAACGCCUGACUUAUUACACACCGAUGGAUGAAAUAAACUACCAUCUUGACCAAUCAAUGGAUCCUAUACAGUUCAUGUGUCAGGCAUUUGAUAUCACAAAUAACGCCACAGAAUCACUGGAUUGUUUACUAACUGAAUCUCUCAAGUCACGAAUGCCUCCAAAUGGAUUCAAUGUGUUUGGAAUUUGUCAACUUGAGCAAGAAAAUCUCUCCGUUAAUCAGAGAGAUGAGGAGCUCCCAACGUUGCUUCACUUUGCAGCAAAAUAUGGACUCAAGAAACUGACAAUAGUUCUCCUGCAGUGUCCUGGUGCUUUGCAGGCAUAUAGUGUAGCAAACAAGCAUGGGGACUAUCCCAAUAACCUAGCAGGAAAGAAUGGCUUCUCUGCUCUACGACAGUUUAUGGACAACUAUGUUGAGUCAGCAGACAUGAUUAAAACUGACAUACAGGAUUCUCUGGCUGAGCCAAUAAACGAGGACGUGUACGAGCCCAUGACCCGGUCAUCUCAGGAGACACAGGACAACAUCCCUAAAUACUCACUCAAGGAGGAUAUCUAUGAGUCCAUGAGAGAGAUGGUCCCUGGAUAUGAAGACUUAUAUGAAGAUAUGGAGACUGCAUUAGGAGAAACACAUAACCAAGAAGAUACUAUGCUGAGAAAGUUUUUCGAAGCGCGAGCAGGGCAACCUGUUGGCCCUGAGACGAGCCACAUGUCUGAUAAGCACCAUCUACUAGAGGAGGAAGAGGAGGCUGACUUCUGCCAAGAGGGGGAGGAGGAGGACCCCUACAACCUCUGCGAAAAUGAGCAGAUCUACGACACAGUAGAUGACCAGUCAGUCAUUCCCCCCGAGAUCAUGAACCGGCCCCCAGCCCCAAUACCCAGGCCCUCGAGAACACUGGACAUGCAAGAGAACAUAACGUACAUCUCACGCGUGUUUCCUGAGAAAGAAACAACCUACUCCCAAUGCAAUCGCCAAGAUCGUGCGCCCACUCAAGUGCGGCCAGUGAGGGAUAGACUGCUAAGCAGUGCCCAUGACCCCUACGCUGGGAUGAAGACACCGGGCCAGAGGCAGCUCAUUGCCCUGCAGGAGAGAGUGAAGGUGGGGUCGCUGACUGUGGAAGAGGCCGUGCAGGAGUUUAAGGCCUGGAAGUUUGACCAGGACAAGCGAGGAAACUCCUUACGGUAUCAGCAGGAAAAUAUUCAGCGGUUGCGUGACAGCAUCACACGUCGGCAUAAAGAGAAAGGGAAGUCAUCAAUGGAAGAUCUGGACAUAACCCCGCCGAUGCAGAGGGACCUGCAGUGGCCCGGGAGCACGAGUGUCGAGUGUGCCGUUUACGAGCCCGGUCCGCGGACCACUGUUCUGCCCCCGCCGGUCAACAGGACUCUACAGAGGGGGACGUGGCAGACCGGCAGCACCUCCAGCAACUCCAGCAGCGAAAGCAACCGGCUGAGCACUCUGAGCAACAUCAGUUACAGCAGCGGAGCAGAAGGGGAAUUUGAGGAUGCUCCAGAUCUAGGCCCCCUGCCUCCACGACCCUCCCGGUAUGUCGACGACCCCCCAACGCUUCCACCUCCCAGAGUUCCCCCUCGCUUUCCAGAAAGGACUCCUGAGAGCAUGCUCAAUGAGCGCUACAUCCAGAGCCCAAGUCGCCUCCUCCCCCAGCUUCCUCCUCAGAGACCAAUUCCCCCUCCACCUGUACCACGAAGGCUGCGGUGAUCAACGCCUCUGUCUUUUCCACCUGUCGCGGCACAUUUUUCACUCUCAGGUAGAAAACCACUACCGCAUGUCAGGUAGUCGGUCGAUGGAGUGCUCACACAGACAUCUCUGACGUUAGGGCUUAAUCUCGGACAAAUGUGAGACUUUCCUACAGACCACUGUUGUGAAAGCCCGUCAUUUCCUCCCAAAGUUGUUAAAUGGCUUGUGGAAUAGACUGACAUAACUGGAGGUCUGCCUUGGACCAUUGUGGUUUGAAUUGUGGCUGGUCAAUGAGAAGUGCAUAUAAACUGUAGCCUAGUUAGAAUCAUUUUUCCUUCGGUCGUAGAUUUAAUAUUUUGGAUGCAUACAAAGAAGACUGAUUUUGUUUGCUCAUUAAUUUUCAGUCUUUCAGGAUGCAAGAUAUAGUAGGCCGUAUCAUUUGGUGAACUGAAAAGUUCUUAACUACUUCAGAACUUCUUGAUUAAGAGCAUGGUCUUUUUCCCCCCAUUAAGCACACGGUUAGUAUGCAGUACAUGGUAGCGUCAUGAUGGUUAUGUCUAAUAAUUCAGUAGACUAUUACAAACUGAAGUAUUAUAAUAAUACCAGUUGUGCUGACAGAAAAAGUUCAAACAUAUCAAUAUGUGUAAGUCUACAAUUUCUUCAACAAUGGAUUUAUUUAUUUCUCUGUACUUUACAUAAUUAUGACAGUAAGCUGUGUGUAUGUGAACAAAAGUAUGCAUGUUUUAGAGACAUUUUAUAGAUUAAUAUUACUGUAGGUGUUUUUAUGCAUUCCUUUGUGUUGAUUUUUGUUUUUGACCUAAUAAAGUGACAUUAUGACAA